CGCGCAGGGGACGCACGCGGGCUGGGGGCCGCCGCCUCGGGAACCCGCGUGCCCCGGCCGGCCCGGCGCGGAGGGCGGCCCCGAGGUGGGAGGGGAAUCGCUGAUCCGAGGCUUCCCACAGGUUUGGGGAGCAAAGGGCGCCCUUCCCAGUAGACGGUCGGGCCACCCCUUGGGACGCUGGCAGGGCUCGUGGCCUUCGGGCGGUGGGCGGGCGUGGGAACGAGUCCCGGUGUGACCCAGGUGGUCUCGCUGACAGGUUCCCGUGACCCGGGCCGGGGAGGGCUCCGAACGCGCGACAACAUGGCUUCCCCGCCCCACCAGCAGCUGCUGCGGCACCACAGCACCGAGGCGAGCUGUGACUCCAGCGGGGACAGCAACAGCGUGAGGGUCAGGAUCCACCCCAAGCCGCGGUCCUCCAGCAGCCACCCCAAACUCUGCAAGUACAGCAUCUCCAGCUGCAGCAGCUCCGGGGACUCGGGGGCGCUGCCCCGGAGAGUGGGCGCGGGAGGCCGCCUGCGCCGGCAGAAGAGGCUGCCCCAGCUGUUCGAGAGAGCCUCCAGCCGCUGGUGGAACCCCAGGUUCGACUCGGUGAACCUGGAGGAGGCUUGCAUGGAGCGCUGCUUCCCGCAGACGCGGCGCCGCUUCCGGUAUGCGCUCUUCUACAUCGGCGUCGCCUGCCUUCUGUGGAGCGUCUAUUUCGGGGUCCACAUGAGAGCCAAACUGAUUGUCAUGGCAGCCCCCGCACUGUGCUUCCUCGCGGUGUGUGCGGGCUUUUUUCUGUUUACCUUCACCAAGCUCUAUGCCCGGCACUACGAGUGGACCUCGCUGGUUCUCACCCUCCUGGUGUUCGCCCUGACCCUGGCCGCCCGCUUCCAGGUUUUGACGCCGCUCUCAGGACGCGGCGACAGCUCCAAUCAUACUCCCUCCGCCAAACCCACAGACGCUUGCUUAUCCCAAGUGGGGAGCUUUUCCAUGUGCAUCGAAGUGCUCUUUUUGCUCUACACCGUCAUGCACUUACCUUUGUACUUGAGCUUGUUUUUGGGAGUGGCCUACUCUGUUCUCUUUGAGACCUUUGGCUAUCAUUUCCAAGACAAAGACCGUUUUCCUUCGCCUGGCACAGGGGCCCCUCACUGGGAGCUGCUGAGCCGAGCCCUGCUCCACGUCUGCGUUCAUGCCAUCGGGAUCCACCUGUUCAUCAUGUCCCAGGUGAGAUCCAGGAGCACCUUCCUCAAGGUGGGACAGUCAAUUAUGCAUGGGAAGGAUCUGGAAGUGGAGAAAGCCCUGAAAGAGAGGAUGAUUCAUUCUGUAAUGCCUAGAAUAAUAGCUGACGACUUAAUGAAGCAGGGGGAUGAGGAGAGUGAGAAUUCUGUCAAAAAGCAUGCCACCUCCAGCCCCAAGAACAGGAAGAAAAAAUCUUCCAUGCAGAAAGCGCCCAUAGCAUUCCGCCCAUUUAAGAUGCAGCAGAUGGAAGAAGUCAGUAUUUUAUUUGCAGAUAUCGUGGGCUUCACCAGGAUGAGUGCCAACAAAUCUGCUCAUGCCCUGGUGGGUCUCCUCAACGAUCUGUUUGGUCGCUUUGACCGAUUGUGCGAAGAGACCAAGUGUGAGAAGAUCAGCACCCUGGGAGAUUGUUACUAUUGUGUGGCAGGGUGUCCUGAGCCCCGGGCCGACCAUGCCUACUGCUGCAUCGAAAUGGGCUUGGGCAUGAUAAGAGCCAUUGAGCAGUUCUGCCAAGAGAAGAAAGAGAUGGUGAACAUGCGCGUGGGGGUUCACACGGGGACCGUCUUGUGUGGUAUCUUGGGCAUGAGGAGAUUUAAAUUUGAUGUAUGGUCCAAUGAUGUGAACUUGGCCAAUCUCAUGGAGCAGCUGGGAGUGGCUGGCAAGGUUCACAUUUCAGAGGCCACUGCAAAAUACCUAGAUGAUCGGUACGACAUGGAAGAUGGGAAAGUUACUGAACGCCUCGGUCAGAGCAUUGUUGCUGACCAGUUGAAAGGUUUGAAGACAUACCUGAUAGCGGGUCAGAGAGCGAAGGAGUCUCAUUGCAGCUGUUCAGAGGCCUUGCUUUCUGGCUUUGAGGUCAUUGACGGCUCACGGGUGUCCUCAGGUCCUAGGGGACAGGGGACAGCAUCACCAGGGAGUGUCAGUGACUUGGCGCAGACUGUCAAAACCUUUGAUAACUUAAAGACCUGCCCUUCAUGUGGAAUCACAUUUGCUCCCAAAUCGGAAGCUGGUGCAGAAGGAGGAGCAGUUCAAAAUGGCUGUCAAGAGGAGCAUAGAAACAGCACCAAGAAUUCUGGAGAGCCUAAUUCCAAAACCCAAAACGGACUCCUGAGUCCUCCCCAAGAGGAGAAGCUCACCAACAGUCAGACGUCCCUGUGUGAGAUCCUACAGGAAAAGGGAAGGUGGGCAGGUGUGAGCUUGGACCAGUCAGCUCUCCUUCCACUGAGAUUCAAGAACAUCCGGGAGAAAACAGACGCCCAUUUUGUGGAUGUUAUCAAAGAAGACAGCCUGAUGAAAGAUUAUUUUUUUAAGCCACCCAUUAAUCAGUUCAGCCUGAACUUCCUGGCUCAGGAGUUAGAGCGAACCUAUAGGACCAGCUAUCAAGAAGAGGUGAUAAGGAAUUCCCCCGUGCAGACUUUCGCCAGUGCCACCUUCAGCUCCCUCCUGGAUGUGUUUCUAUCAACAGUAGUGUUUCUGAUUCUCUCCAUCACCUGCUUCCUGAAGUAUGGGGCUGCCACCGCACCUCCCCCGCCCGCAGCCCUGGCUGUCUUUGCUGCAGCCCUCCUGCUCGAAGUGCUGUCCCUUGUGGUCUCUGUCAGGAUGGUGUUUUUCCUGGAGGAUGUGGUGGCUUGCACCAAGCUCCUGCUGGAAUGGAUAGCUGGCUGGCUCCCGCGCCACUUCAUCGGCGCCAUCCUCGUGUCACUCCCCGCUGUCGCCGUCUAUUCACAUGUCACCUCCGAAUUUGAGACGAACAUACAUUUCACCGUGUUCACGGGCUCAGCUGUCCUGGUCGCCGUUGUGCACUACUGUAACUUCUGCCAGCUCAGCUCCUGGAUGAGGUCCUCCUUAGCCACCAUUGUUGGGGCUGGGCCCCUGCUCCUGUUGUACAUCUCUUUGUGCCCAGAUAGUUCUGUAGUAAUUUCACACACUGAUGCAGUACAGAAUUUCAGUUCAGGGAGGAACCCGUGCAACAGCUCCUCGCCGCAGGACAGCAGGAGGCCAGCCAGCUUGAUUGGCCAGGAGGUGAUUCUUGUCUUCUUUCUCCUGCUCCUGUUGGUCUGGUUCCUGAACAGAGAAUUCGAAGUCAGCUACCGCCUCCACUACCAUGGGGAUGUGGAGGCGGACCUUCACCGCACCAAGAUCCAGAGCAUGAGGGACCAAGCCGACUGGCUGCUGAGAAACAUCAUCCCCUACCAUGUGGCCGAGCAGCUAAAGGUUUCCCAAACCUACUCCAAGAACCACGACAGUGGGGGGGUCAUCUUUGCCAGCAUUGUCAACUUCAGUGAGUUCUACGAGGAGAACUACGAGGGAGGCAAGGAGUGCUACCGGGUCCUGAACGAGCUGAUCGGGGACUUCGAUGAGCUCCUGGGCAAGCCAGAUUACAGCAGCGUGGAGAAGAUCAAGACCAUCGGGGCCACGUACAUGGCUGCGUCAGGGCUAAAUGCCACCCAGUGCCAGGAUGGCAGCCACCCGCAGGAGCACCUGCAGAUCCUGUUUGAAUUUGCCAAGGAGAUGAUGCGUGUGGUGGAUGACUUCAACAACAACAUGCUGUGGUUCAACUUCAAGCUCAGAGUUGGCUUCAACCAUGGGCCACUCACCGCGGGGGUCAUUGGGACCACCAAGCUGCUGUAUGACAUCUGGGGAGACACUGUCAACAUCGCCAGCAGGAUGGACACUACAGGGGUAGAGUGCCGCAUCCAGGUGAGUGAAGAAAGCUACCGCGCUCUGAGCAAGAUGGGCUAUGACUUUGACUACCGUGGGACAGUAAAUGUGAAGGGGAAAGGCCAGAUGAAGACCUACCUUUACCCCAAGUGCAUGGACAGUGGGGUUGUGCCCCAACACCAGCUGUCCAUCUCUCCAGACAUCCGAGUCCAGGUGGAUGGCAGCAUCGGACGGUCUCCCACGGAUGAGAUCACCAACCUGGUGCCUUCUGUACAGAACUUGGAUAAGACAUCUCUGGGUUCUGACAACAACUCACAGGCCAAGGACACUCACCUGUCUUCCAGGAGGCCCUGGAAAGAGCCCAGCAAAGCUGAAGAAAGGUGUCGAUUUGGCAAAGCCAUAGAAAAAAGUGACUGUGAAGACAUGGGGAUGGAGGAAGCCAGUGAGCUCACCAAGCUCAACGUGUCAAAGAGCGUGUAAGGCGGUGCCUGGGUGCUGCAUGGUGCUCUGUUCGUCGAAACACAAUAUAUUUGACUGCUGUGUGUUCCCAGCACCACAGUUUCCAUCCCCGGAUGAGGUGUCGCGUGGUCAUUGCAGCCCUGAAGUCUGUGUGGAUCACAGUUUCAGAGUUCAUUUUCAUCCAUUUCUGUCCUUUCUCUCCCCCGGAAGCCUCUCCCCGCGGUGGAGCCGUCCAGCAGCGUGGAGGAGAGCGAGUGCCUUCAGGGGCUGGCCCGGCCCCCGCGCCUAGUGACAGGCUGCCAGUGGGAACCAUGGCAUUGGGUGUUGCUGGACUUUUAAAACAAAAGCUAUGGUUAAGAUAUCAUUUUUAUUGCCUUUUCCCCAAGACACAUUUUUUUUUUGCUAAUACAAUGUUUUUGAGUUUUUUUUCCUGUAUACAUAAUAGUGUUUUCCAGUGUGCUGACCUUUCUAUGUAAACAUAUACAUGCACAUACACUUGCAUUUAUGAAUCUCAGAUCAAGUGCCAGUAACACGCCGAGAGGGGAUGUUGGGGAGAGGGGGCUGAGAAUAGCAGUCAGCAGUCGGCAGGACCGCCCAGAGCCCCUCCCCACCUGCGCCUCCUGGAGCACCUGGGUCCUCACGGGCUGCGGGUGUACCACUCCCCACGCCUGGCAGCUUUAGGGCUUCCUCACCUACAGGCCAAGAGACUCCAGAUGCCAACCAGUAACAAAGCUUGUGAACCCAGGCCUCAGGUAUUUAAAAGCCGUUUUCAUUCUGCUCCACACUGAGGGGUCUUCAGCUGGAAGAGAAGGGGUUUGUCUUUGAAGCAGAGAGGGAAAUACACAAAUAAAUGUUUGAGGGUUGCAUUUAUUUAUUUAUCAGGAAAUGUGUGUUUCGGGGAGUGAGAUGCUGGGUCAUUCUGGUGAAGGGAAGGGAAAUAGGCUCUGGAAGUGUGCAGAGAACCCAGCAGAAGAUAAGAUGUCCACUAGUGCUUCAGCCAUGCUGGGCCCCCUCCCCCACAGGGUGGCAGAGGAGGACCCAAUGGGCACAGCCAGUGCGUUCUGGGUCCAAGAUGCCCUGAGCUCUCAGCGUGGGUUUUAAACUCUGUGCCACUACUUCUGCCCAGCACACCACCUAUCUGUGUCCACAGGGCCUCCAACUGCAGGGAUAGGAUCAGAGUCCAGCUUGGCAUGAAGCAGGAGCUCUGGGCAGAGCGCAAGGGCAUUCAGUGCUGGCACUGUUUGGCUCCACACAUUCAAGAAGUUUCUCCAUCCUUUCCUAUUCUCAGCCUGGGCAGGGCCUAUUUGUGGCAGGAUUGAACCUGGUGAGUGAAUCCAAGCCCUCUUUAGAUGGAGUUCUUAUACUGUAUGUAGGAUCAGAAUCAUCCAGAUGCAAAUGAGGUGUUGAACUGGGGGGAAGUAUAGAAAACCUAAGGAAAAUCACUUCUCUGCCCUUGCUGCUAAUCACGUGUGUGAUCGCAUUUUGCCGCACUGACUCUGAAGUUUAUGUACAAUGAACUCAAGUUAGAGUUGCCCUGCCACAGUCUAGUCACGGUUAUUAAGGUGACACUGGUGUGCAGCUCCUGGGAUAAUGUGAGCACUAGCUCCUUCUCUGUAAGCUCUUUACCGAUGUACCCUGUACAUUUUCUUUGCACAGGUAAAUCUCCAUAUAACGUUCACAUCAGCAUUAAAUCUCAUUAUCACUUCUCCCCAAAUACAUACAGAAUCUGCCGCUUCCAGUAUCAUGAAAUACUGACUCUGAUCAGCCAGCUCCCCAGGGGACGUGCAUGGCAUGGCCACCAGACAGCGCAGCAGCCAUAGCCAGGAUCUCGGCAUCCCAGAGAGCUGAGAGCAUUCUCAGUAAAUAAGAUUUUCCUUGUGGUUUUACUUUCAGUUUGUUGAUCUUCCAGGGACAGAGAAAGGAUGGUGUGACAGUACCUCUUGCUUCUAAAGAAUGUAUUGUUAUAAAAUGCGACAGAGUUUUUUUUUUUUAAUUUUUUUCUGAAAAACACUACCUGAUGGUCUCUGUGUCCACAGGGGUCGUGGGUGCGCUAGGGGUUUCUUCCUUCAGCGUUAAUGCGUGUCCUGGAGUGUGGCCCUCUCCCUGUGCCUAAUAGCUGCAGGCCCUGUAUCUCUAACAAGACAGACUGGGCGGUUGCGGACAAGUCACCACAUCUCUACUGUCCCCUCAGAAUGUGCUCUGCAAUGUUCAUCUCUACACACGCUUCCUCCCUAUCAAAUCUGUUUGCCUUUCCCUCCUACAAAGGUAGCUGUGACUCCUUACCCUGGGGGAGCCUUGAGAAGCUGCCGCCUGCAGGGGAAAAUCAUGACAUCUGAUGGUCUGGUUCAGUAUUGUGUAAAUUGGAAUUUGAUGGAUGGUUCACCAAAGAGCUUCAAGUUGUCUUUAAAAAAUAUCCAAGCCUUCAUGAAUAACCAGGAAAGAUGUUCCCUCCGGGCCACCAGGUGACACAGGCCCUUCCCAGUUCCUUGCUCCAAUGUGUACCUCAGUGCAGAACCACAGCAUCCCUGCAGCAGAAAUGCCGAACAUUGCACAGAGCUGCUGAAAACAGAUGAGUUUCUAAGCAGCAGUUCAAGUACUACCGAUACAACAGAUGCAUUCUUCAGAGUGGCAAUACCUCUUACAAACUUAGGUCAGGAAGCAAUACUUCACAAUUGAAUGUGUGUAAAUAGUCGCUUCAAGUUGCAAUUGCUAUUUUCUUCUUGGUCCCAGGUAUGUAUAUAUACAUAUAUAUAUAUAUGUGUGUGUGUGUGUGUGUAUAUAUAUGUGUGUGUGUGUAUAUAUAUAUAUAUAUAUGUAAACAAGCACACAUGAUUUCAUCCAAUGCAAACAAAUGUAGAGCGUCAGCUGUGAAACCUGGAAGCAGCUUGAAGGGGCACACAGAUUAUGUGGCACCUGCCCACAGCUCCAUCAACACUGACUCCACUCGCAGAGGCGAUACCUGCACAUUUGCACAAGACAUGGAGAGCCAGGGCUGCAUGCUUCCCACUACAUGGGCUAAAAUUACUUCUAAUUUCCAAAGAUCCAUCCAGCAUUUGCAUUUCUAGAUUUUCAAGGUAAGCAGUUUUUGGUUGGUCGCUUCAGAAAAUUACAUCAUGCCUACCGUCUAAAGUUAAAUGAAUAAGAAUCAACUGCUUGCAUUUUCCGUCUUUCCUUUGCUCUCCUCUUUUUAAGUUGUUAAUUCUAACAAUUUCAAAAUGCAUCCACUGAAGAAAUGGACAUUAAAAUAUUCUAAAAUAUAAAAUAUUUGAUGCCUGGUAUUUCCUCAUUGAAAAGAUCCAUACCACUUCAGAAAUUAGGGCCACCCCUCACUUCCUACAGUUUGUGGCUGAAAUAGGAAGAUUUGCUUUUCUUUGACGUCAUGACUUUGAAAAAAAAAUUUUUGUAUUUUUUUUAAUGGACAUAUUUGCUACAGUUAACUUUGGUGGUGAAGUAUUUUUAUGUGGAACUUUAAAAAGAAUUAGAGGUUUCAGGAAAAGUCAUGCCUGUGAUGAUAUCCCUAUUUUUUUAGCUUUCUAAGUAGUUUUUCCUGCAAUAUCUUGAGAAAAAAUUGACUGAGAAAAUGAGGUAGGUUUUCUAAAAAGAUACACCCAAGUAGCCUCUCCUUUGCAGAGCCCCUGGGGAUGCCCGGAUCACAGGGGAAGUCACAAACCCAUUUUAGACUCUGUUUAAAGUCAGAAAGUCUCUUCCCAGAAAAAUGAAUAGUCCAUAUCUUAGGGAUUUGCAACACCUCCAAAACUGGAGCCAAAUUGUGGAUCUGCUGGGGUUUAGAGGUUUUUCCCCUAGAGGGGUUUUCCUAGGGAACCCAGUAUUUAUGAAAACAUCAGAGCACAAGAUCCUCUUAUAGACUCAGUGAUGGGAGAUGAAGACGCAUGUUGCUAGUCCUUGCUCAUCAGCUCGCAGGCACCAAGCUUCUGGGUGAUUCUCUGCUGGAACCUGGUGCCAUGAGGACCCUCGUGGUGUGGGCACCCUUUCCUCCCAAGCCUGUGCUAAGGGACAUCCCUAGGAGCUUUUCUGGAGGUUAGGGAAUGAAUAGUGGUCUCUGCUGCAUUGAAGGCCCUGUAAGGAUGUGGGUCUCUCUCCCAGAAAGGGCUCCCUGGGGGGGCUUUUCAGAAUUUCUCAAACAGUCAAGAAAGGCAGCCUCUAACUUUUGCACAAGUCUCAGAACUGAUUUGUGGUUUCUCUUCCAUCUAAAAUCUCUUGCACAUGUGGUUGCUUCUCUGUGCUGUGGAAAUCUAUCGUCGUGGCCACCUGGAAUAGAUUCCAAGUGCCCGGUCAAGGAUGCUAACGGGAAAGCAAUGUGACAGGAAAUGAUCAAGGAAAAGGACACACUUGCACACCAUAUACAUGUAACUUUAAAAUCUUUCCAAGUGUCUGUUUUUAUACAGUUCCUUUGUAAAAAAAAAUUUUUUUAAUGACAUGACCCAAAGAGUUGUUACUAUAUAUUAGAGUAAUUUAAGCUUGGGAAACUCACAUAUCCUUGCUGGGCCUGGAAGUCUGAAGAAGUAAGUUAAGUAAUCAUGUCUUGAGCCAUCUGAGUGCCUCCUGAGAGCUCAGUCAACGGCAGCAAUACUUAACCUUUUUUCGGCUCGCACAGCCUGUGAUAAUUUGAUGAAAGUUAUAGCUCCUCCCUCCAGAAAAGUUGCACAUAAAAAUAAAUGCUGUCAGUGUUACAUACAAUUUCAGGAGUUCCUGGACCCAAAUGAAGGGCCCCUCUGAUCUGCAAUAACUAGAGGGAUGAUGCUUUUUAAUCAUAACUAUCUAUAAAUGAGGUUUCCAAGCAUUUCCAGACUCCCCAUUGGAAAUGUGAUUAAACACAUUAAUGCCGCCAGUUUAUAUAUGCAUUUACAAUCAGAUUAUAUAUAUUUGAGUUUUAUGUCCUACUUAUCUAAAUAUAUUUCAAGAGCCACUCAGAGAUCUUUUCAAUAAAUAAAUACAAAGUUAGUCAAAUUCUUUCCAAUGGAUAAGUUACCUUCAGCCAGUAUUGAUUGAGCACCUACUGUGUGCCAAAUGACGCCAAAGCUCCCUUUAUUCAGACUGUGAGAGUUGCUGUGACAUUUGAGAAUCUCUGAGGAAGAGCUGUGACUAGAAACUCUCCUUUUCAUGAUGGCUUUACUGUUAUGGAUUCCACUGUACACUGAAGGGAAGCUCAAGAUCUCUGGGGUCUCAUAGGGACAUUUCUCUUAUUGACAUUUUCAACAGUGGCUCCUUAGUGUUAUGUGUAACCUGUUAGAGAUCUUCAUGUCUGUGGUCUUAAGUAUUCAGUCUCUUGAGAAAGAGCAACAGAUGAGAAACACUCAGGGAAAACAGCUGCACCAAUAUUGCAUUGGUCCCUCGAUGGGAGAGGGGCCAGUCCACAUGCCACCCAUAAGGCCACACACUGUAUUUUUAAAACGAUCUUCUCCUGACAGUGAUUCGACGCAGCCCAGGCUCCAGCACUCUUCUGAAGGAGUUGCUCUUUCUCCUUCUUCUCAGCUUCAUCUAAAAAAAAUCCUGUUUUGGGAGGGUAAUGAAUGGCACCUGAAAGGAGAAAUUGCUUGGACUUGUCCAUGUGAUUCUGGGAAAAGGAGGAUGAUACAGACCUGCACACUCAGCUUGGACUCCCUUGGACACAGACAUCCUUGUGCCCAAGGCAAGCCUCAGCGGCUCACCGUGCCCUUCCUUUUUAGGACCGCCACCUCACAUUCUCUCCGGCAUCCCAGCCUCUGAGGUCUCCAGGACUGGCCUCUGGGAGUCUUCUGCACAAAGACCAGCCCACCCCAGCUCUGGUGUUUGUCCCCUAGCCAGCCACUCCUCUCCACAGACAUGUGCCCCCACUCUUCCUGUGGUCCCCACCCCCGUCCACCAUUAUCUCUGACCUCCCUGCCAGGUUCAGUACCAUGCCAUACUCCCUCACUUGGGCAGUAUCGAUGAACCAACAGCAAAAUGAUGAGCAGAUACUUUAUUGAUUGAUGAAAAUAACUGUUUAGCUGCUGACUUCAGUUCUCACAUAUGCGAACAUGCCUCUGCAGGUAAAGCGGUCUCCUGCUGGAGCUUUCUGCCAAGGGACUCAAAACACCUGGAACGCCCUUUGCCCUUAGGAUGCAUCGGUGCACUAGGGAGGCAGAGGUGAAAGUCCAGUACCUGAGUGGCUUACCCCAGUUCAGCUGGUUGUUGCCCAUGAAUCCCAGCUUCACAGCCAGAAAAUAACACGCUGCCAAGUCCAAAUGAUCAAAUGUCUUGGCCUCCCCUUCCAGCUGUGGAAUGGGACACUGUGCAUUUAAAUGGUCAGAUGAGACAGCAGGUCGUCAAGCAAUGGACAAGGUAAAACACAUCUUCCCUUCUCUCCCUCUACCAUGAUUUUUGUAAAGCUGGCUACUUGAAUUAUAUGUGGAGUAUUUUACUAGUUACUAUCUAGUAAAAGCUUAGAAUGGAGAAUUUAAAAACUAUUCAGGUGUCCAUAUGGACUUGUGUCCAUGUGCUAACCAAGACCAUCAGGGAACCGAGGCAAAGUCGGCAACACACUGGUGCCUUCAGAAAGCUCAGUGUAAAAUGGAGAUUAUGUUGUCUCCUGUGUUUCCUGCUAACGUAACAGAGAUAUAUUCCAUAUGUUUAACAUGAAAUCAGGUUUUCUCAAAAUUGAUUGCACAAUAAAUUCCUUAUGUUUUUAAAAUGUCUGUAUAUAUCUGUACACCUCCAGUAUUUUAGGGAAGUAUUAAAGAGAGAGAAGAAAAACUACUACUUGGUCACUUAACUUGAAAUAUCAUAGAGCAUGAUUUGCCAUUUUCAUGUCAAUUGGGGGAUCUUGGGCAAAAAAAUGGACUUUGUUGACUAUGAAGGACUGAAGGAGCCAAUAGUUUUAUUUUUCAGAAGCAAGACUUAUUAACAUGGUGGUUUGAACUUCUCUUUGUUAAUUUUGGUUUGUCAGGAUGACCUCUCUUCCUCAAGAGUUAAGACUUAGGAUGGCCUUGCAGAUACUUGUAGAAUAUUCAUUUAGCACAAAAGAACAUGGCAGCAUAUCAUCCUUGACCUCCAAUUUCUAUUAUUAAUUUCAUGACGAGCUGUGCUUUCCAAAAACUUCUGUCAAGAACUUCCAUCUCCUUCUAAAGAUCCUUCUCUAUCGUGAUACCUGGAGAGUGUUGGAUUUGUUUGUUGUUUGUUAAUACUGAAGAAUGCAAUAUAUGUGAACUUUCAGGAAAUUAAUUCAAACCUAAGAAGAUAUGGUACAACUAUUUGGGAAAAAGAAGUCAAAGCAAUUACCCAGAUAAUGUAGGAUAAAAGCAUCUUCAUAAAAUAUUUUAAAUGAGAAGAAAUGAAUUCGCUGCAUGAGUCACAUGGAUGCUGAUCCAAAAUCUUGCAUCCCCUUACCUGGGGCCCAUACACUGGGCCGCUUCCAUCCUUCAGCUUCUCAUUUCCAAAGUUCUUCAACUGCCUGUUUUGUAAGCAGAAUUAUCAUAGGCCCAGACCUGCGAGCUUUGAGAGAAAACCUAGCAUGUUCUAGGGAAGUAGCCAUUUGGUAGUUACCGAAACUGCAAAAGAGUUUGCCUGUGUGCCCAGCUGGUGGCUCCUGCCAGUGCCACAAACAAGACCUCUGGCAUCUACGCUCACAGCAACAGCCCUGUGGAUGCCUUCUAGCAGGGGCACUGCCAGUGCCAGCAUGAGCACUGAGAAAUGUGGAUGAGCCCUGAGACAGUCUGGCAGCGAGGAGGAGACUGGAGCUUCCUUCCUCAGCUCCUGUGCAGUGCAGGAAGGCAAGCUCUGAGCACCAACACAAUGCCAGGCCUCCCGUUGCCGCUUUGGCCUCCCUGUGAACUCGGCGACCUUCGUGUUCUGCUUGUGACACUUCCUGGUCUGCAUGUCAUGCACUGUCCCAGCUUGACACACUCCAAGCUCCUCACUGUAAACUGCCACCAGGUCCUGGGCAAGCCUGUGGCACCCACACCUCUUCAGAAAAUCGCCUGCAAGCCCCUCCGGUUUUAGCCCCAAGAAGCUGCCAGAACAAAGAGCUGGGAGUUUAAGUCUGAUCUGGGCUCACAAAGAGGAUCUUCGUUCUUCCACCCCUUGGCUGGCCCAGGCAACAGGAAGCUAGACUGUCAGGCCAGUGUGGAACACAGAGACCCCCUACCAAUGAUUCUGGGGCCCCCAAGUUGACCUUGGACUGGGGGAAGGUCAGGGACAGAGCAGAGGACCCACUGGGAAUGCCCAGAAAAGUGGAUGUCCACAAAAUGCAGUUCACAGCAUUCGGUGACCUAAUGCAGCAGAGCUCAGCUCCCAAGGGGCCCUUCCCCACCCCCACCCUUCAAGGGCUGCAGCAGCGGGCACUCCAUAAAGCCAUCAGACGGGGUGUGCCAGGCAGGGCCUCUGGGUGCACCCUCUUCACACUAUAGCAUCAAACCGAAGCACCAGUAACAACACACAGGUGAGCACGGAGUGAAAAACCUGAAGCCUUAACAUCUUGGAAAUCCUGUGUCGAUUUCACAAUUUGUAACUGACAGCGUGCAGGAUUUAGCUGUCCCUGAGAGGAUCCAGUUACUAAAAUCAACUUCCGCUGUCUCAGUAACGUAGUUAUCCUGAUACCAAAGCCAGUUCUGUGAGGCCCGUGAGGUGUGACGUAACGCUGCAGGAUUGGCAUCGAGCAGGUGCCAGAGCACACUCCCGUAGUUCGUGGGGUCCUAGCACUGUGAAGGGGUAACAGCGGCUUGUUCAAGCGGCCUUUGACCUGUGUGCUUGCCCGUCCUAUCCUAAAGCCGGCGUUCUCUCCCACGCUCUGACUGAGGCUUCCUCUGCUCGGGCACUGCGCCUUGCCUGUCAUGAGCACAGAAUGAAGUCACUGACGAUCAUGAAUAAUAAUCUGCCUCUUCCAAAGCACGGAAUAGUUUCUUUUUAAAUCGCAUUUUCUCCCAGCAGACUUUUUCUCAUGUUUGCCUCGCUGUCUUCUCUUUUCCAAGGAGAGGAAAGUGCUGCUGAGCAGGAACUCAGAGUUUCUUUCGGUUAAAGGGAAGGAGCCCAAUUGUAAAUUUAAAAAAAGAAAAGCUGCUUAUGCUCUGUCAGCAACCAAAAACAGGUAGAAUUGUAUCUGUGAAAUAUUUAGCUCUGUAUGUAUAUAGAUAAAAGCACAUCACCUUUAAUUUGUUACUACAGACCUUGUAAUCUGUUGUAUAUUAAACUGUUUUACUGUAUCAGAGAAAACUUCACACUAUAGAUUGACAAAAGCUAGGAAAAUAAUUCAAAAUACAGUAUAAUUAACUCAAA